AUGGCCACUUCCAACUGUUCUCUUGAUCUAAUGGCUGAAAAAGGAGGGUGGCUUUGUCCCCUUGGGGAAAAGUGUACCAAUCUGACCCCUGGCAUGAAUGGCAGCAGCAUCGAUCUGGACGAUGCAUGCUUGGCAGGCUACCUGGAAAAAUAUCUGGGUCCUCGUCGAUCAACGGUGUUCCUCCCGGUCUGUCUCAUCUACCUGCUGAUCUUUCUGGUAGGCGUCUUGGGGAAUGUGCUGACCUGCAUUGUCAUUGCACGCAACAAGGUGAUGUGGACGCCAACAAACUACUAUCUGUUCAGCCUGGCGGUGUCAGACCUGCUGGUGCUGCUGCUUGGCAUGCCGCUGGAGCUGUAUGAGCUGUGGCACAACUACCCCUUUCUCCUGGGGAAGGGAGGUUGCUACUUCAAAACCUUCCUAUUCGAGACCGUAUGCCUGGCAUCGAUCCUCAACGUGACGGCACUGAGUGUGGAGCGCUACAUUGCUGUGGUGCACCCGCUGCGCGCAAAGUACGUCGUGACACGCACUCACGCCAAACGGGUCAUCCUCACGGUGUGGGGUGUGUCAGUGAUGUGUGCGGUUCCAAACACCAGUCUGCAUGGGAUCGCCAGCCUUUACAGUCGCUCCAUCGGCAAAGCUGGGAACGAAAAUGUGGAAAUCCCCGACUCCGCGAUCUGUACCCUGGUGAAACCACUGUGGAUGUACAAUCUGACCAUCCAGGUGACCACUCUGCUGUUUUUCGUUCUGCCCAUGCUCAUCAUCAGCGUUCUCUACCUGCUGAUCGGGCUGCAGCUGAAGCAAGAGAAGAUGCAUCAGGCACGGGAGGCCAAGACGGGCUUUGGACAGGACAGCUUCUGUAACAUCCGCACACAGCAGCAGAAGGCACGUCGCCGGCAGGUCACGAAAAUGUUGUUUGUGCUCGUGGUGGUUUUUACGAUCUGCUGGGCCCCCUUUCACACUGACCGCCUCAUGUGGAGUUUCAUCCAUGACUGGACCGAAAACCACCUGGAGAUCUUCCAGUAUGUACACAUCAUCUCCGGUGUGUUUUUCUACCUCAGCUCAGCCGUCAACCCGAUCCUCUACAACCUCAUGUCCACCCGCUUUAGAGAAAUGUUCAAGGAGGUCAUGUGCCAUCGGCCACUUCACGUCGCUCCCAGGAAAUACUCUCUCAGUGUCACCCGGGUGACGCUCCGCAGCACCCUGAGUGAUGCGCCACUCGGCAAUGGCGUUGUGGUUGUUGAAGCCGAGGCAGAAGAUGGGGAGGCGAGGGUGAAGAAUGAGACCAAUUUUACAACUUAA